AUGAAUAGAGAGCCACCCGUGGACACUUGGGAGGAAAUGAAAAUGCUUAAGAGGAAGCGUUUUGUACCCAGCCACUAUUAUAGGGGAUUGUAUCAAAAAUUACAGAGGUUAAUUCAAGGAUCUAAGAGUGUGGAUGAGUAUUACAAGGAGAUGGAGGUAGCUAUAAUCCGGGCUAAUGUAGAAGAGGACCGGGAAGCCACCAUGCCUAGGUUUUUGCACGGUUUAAAUCGUGAGAUUGCGGAUAUGGUGCAUCAAGCCAUAAAGGUGGAGGAACAGUUCAAACAAAAGGGAUUGGCUAGGAGGGGACUGCCUAUGGCUACAACCAGCUCGUGGAAGACAACUCCAAAAAGGGACGAGCAGCAACAAAAUAAGUCAAAAUUUGAAUCCUCUAAGAAUGCCAAAUUAGAGACCGCCACUACUUCAGGUACAAUCGAGACUUCAAGUUCUAAAAUACGUGAUAUUAAGUGUUUUAAAUGUCAGGGGCGCGGACAUAUAGCCAGCCAGUGUGUAAACAAGAGAGUGAUGGUGAUAAAUGCCCAAGGAGAGCUUGAGUCAGAAAAUGAGGAAGAAGUAGAUAAUGAUGAUAUGCCAUCUAUGGAGGAUGCUGACGAUGAGCAAAAUGCUGUGGUUGGAGAUUUAUUGGUUGCAAGGCGAGUUCUCAAUGUGCAGGUUAAGGAGGAAGAAAGUAACCAAAGGGAGAACUUGUUUCAUACUCGGUGCUUUGUAAAUAACAAAGUAUGCAGUGUCAUUUUCAAUGGUGGGAGUUGCACAAAUGUAGCCAGCACUUAUUUGGUGGAGAAAUUGGCUUUAACUACCUUGAAACAUCCUCAACCUUACCGGCUUCAGUGGUUGAAUGAAUGUGGGGAAAUCAAGGUGACAAGACAAGUGUUGGUGGCAUUAUCCAUUGGCAAAUAUGAGGAUGAGGUGCUUUGUGAAGUGGUUCCUAUGCACGCAUGCCAUUUACUAUUGGGAAGACCAUGGCAGUAUGAUCUGAGGGUUACGCAUGAUGGAUUCACAAAUAAGUAUUCCUUCACUCUUAGUAGGCAACCUAUUAUUACUCUUGUGCCAUUAACUCCAAAACAGGAGGCUCUUUUAUGUACUAAUGAUGUCGUCGGUGCUUUGCCGAGCAAUAUUGUUUCUCUUUUGCCGGAGUUUGAAGAUGUCCUUCCUGAAGAGGUACCUUAUGGUUUACCUCCAAUCCGAGGGAUUGAACAUCAAAUUGAUUUCAUACCUGGUGCAUCAAUUCCAAACCGACCUGCUUAUAGGAGUAAUCCCGAGGAGACCAAGGAACUUCAGAGGCAAGUAAGUGAAUUAUUGGAGAAGGGGUUUGUCCGUGAAAGUAUGAGUCCUUGUGCGGUUCCGGUGCUGUUAGUUCCUAAGAAGGAUGGAACAUGGAGGAUGUGUGUUGACUGCCGGGCCAUGAACAACAUAACGGUAAAGUAUCGUCAUCCCAUUCCUAGACUAGAUGAUAUGCUGGAUGAAUUGCAUGGUUCUUGUGUCUUUACAAAAAUUGAUCUUAAGAGUGGAUAUCAUCAGAUUAGGAUGAAAGAAGUAAAAGAGGAAGUGAGGUGGAUGAGGAAAAAGGUGAAGGCAAUCCAAGAGUGGUCAACGCCUACAACAGUCAGCCAAGUGAGGAGUUUCCAAGGCUUAGCUAGCUUCUAUAGACGGUUUGUGCGUGAUUUUAGUAGCUUAGCCACCCCUCUUAUUGAAGUCAUCAAGAAAAAUGUGCCGUUUAAGUGGGGAAAAGAACAAGAAAAGGCAUUUAGUCUGAUCAAAGAAAAGUUAACUAAUGCGCCUUUACUUGUUUUACCUAACUUUGCUAAAACUUUUGAAAUUGAGUGUGAUGCUUCAGGCAUAGGUAUUGGAGCUGUUUUGAUGCAAGAAGGCCGUCCAAUUGCUUAUUUCAGUGAAAAGUUGAUUGGGCAGCCCUAA